AUGGGGAAAGAUCUGAGCCAAGAUCAGAUCUCAUCAAUGAAAGAAGCGUUUACGCUCUUCGACACCGACGGCGAUGGCAAGAUCGCUCCGUCCGAACUCGGGAUCCUUAUGCGCUCUCUAGGAGGCAAUCCAACCCAAGCCCUGCUCAAGUCCAUUGUCGCCGAGGAAAACCUGACCUCGGCGUUCGAUUUCAAUCGUUUUCUAGAUCUCAUGUCCAAGCACCUGAAGCCAGAGCCCUUCGACCGCCAGCUACGCGACGCGUUCAAGGUUCUGGAUAAGGACGGGACUGGGUUCGUCGUCGUUUCGGAUCUCAGGCACAUUUUGACCUCGAUUGGGGAGAAGCUGGAUCCGGCGGAGUUUGAUGAGUGGAUCCGGGAGGUAGAUGUUGGAUCCGAUGGGAAGAUCCGGUAUGAGGAAUUUAUUGCUAGGAUGGUUGCUAAGUGA